AAAACUGUUUUCCUAGAAAAUAUUUUCCACGGUGGACUGAAAGGAGUUGGAUCACUUUCCCUCCAUUUUCCUCACCGGCAAAUCUCCUUCUCCCCAAUUCUCUCUGCAUUUGCUGUUAGACACUGCUCACUGCUCAGCAAUCGCCGCCAGCGGCUGCAAGGUCGAAAAUUGAGCAUCAAUCGAUGGAGUAAACCCGCUCAAUUCCGAAGAUCGAGGAUACCCAUCAGUCGCCAUCACAGUGUCAAGUGGUUGAGGUCGAGAAUGGCGGUGGAGUCGAGCUUGGCUUCGCUCUACGACAAGCUGAAAGUGGAGGAUCCAUGGCUUCCUCCGAGACCGUGGGAGUCGAUUCCUUCGGAGAGCGGAGUCUCCCGUUCGCGCAUUGCCUCCUCUUCCCCUUCUCCUUCUGAGAACCGCCUCUUCGACACCUCUACCGUUUCUGAAGCAAGUUUGGUUAGGUUGGCACUGAAUGCACUGCAAGGCCUGGAAUCAGCAGUCAUUAGCGUUGAAAAGCUCUCUGCUGCAUUCUGUUCCGACCCAGCUGACAGAACCUCCCAUCGGGUUAAUGGCCUGUGGAAUCGAUCUUCAAGCACUCAUGUGCUGGGAAAUAUUCUAAAAUCCAUUGGCUUCUCUGGCUGUAUGGUAUUUCUACUUCGGAAGUUUGUUGGGUAUUUUAUGAAUUUGAGCUUAGAUGGCCAGUUAAAUGGGACUGGACAAGUAGAAGUGGAAACGCUGGGAAUUGAGGGUGACAGCCAUAUUCAAGUGGGGAAGGAAGAACACCUUCCUUUUGGUCUGGUAAAUCAGGCAUUUGCAGGUUCUGUGAACAAGGUUUUAGAAGGUUAUACAUGUGCCUUGGACACCUUAUAUGCUUCAGUAGGAUUGAGGCGGUCAUCUGAGGCUGUCCCUAUGCCUCACGAUGUGCCUCAUCAUAUGGGGUCUCUAACAAGUGUAGUGCUCUCAAAAAUUACACUAUUGGAAGUAUAUUUACAUACCAAGGAAGUAAGGACCCAAAUUGAAGCUCUGGGAAGUAUAUGUAACCUGCGUAACGUGGCUCUUGGAUUUUCCCUGUCGUCCUUUAAGGGGUUGACCGCUAAAGCAGUAGAGGAGCUCACAAACUUCCCCAGAGGCAGUGAUUUGCUCUCUUAUUUGCAUGAUCAAUUACAGGCUGCUGAUCCUGCUCACCGCGCGCUGCUCAAGUUUUUAUUUGUUCGAUCAUGUGAACCAUAUUUUGGAUUUAUCAGAUCAUGGAUAUUCAAAGCAGAGAUUAAUGAUCCUUAUAAGGAAUUUAUGGGGGAACAUGUGCCUGACAUUGGAGGUUGUUCACAAGGUGAAGGUGGCUACGUACCUGGGGCAAGUGUUCAGGUCCGGAGAGGAAUUUCUGUUCCUAGCUUCUUGAAGGAUUUUUUGGUUCCAAUUAUCCGAGCUGGUCAACAGCUUCAAGUUCUGAUUAAACUAUUUGAAUUUUGUAAUUAUAUUGUUCCUGGGAUCAAUACGUACGAUGAUUUUCUUCCCUGCUGGAAAGUCUUUUCGGAUCCAGCCCAUACAUCUCCACUAACAUUUAGCAAAAGGGACAUAGAGGGGUUGGUACUUUCAAGGAACAGUUAUUACAAUAAGAUGCAGGAGAAGCUUGAAGAGAUAUCUACAAAGUUGGAGUUUAGAUAUCACCAGGUUGGAGCAUCGGGUAUGGGGGUUCAUGUGCCUGAAAAUUUUUGGGGGAAUUUGGAUGCUGUGGUUUCAUUUAUGUUAAAUGACAGCCCAGUUGCUCCUCCAGCAGCUGAUGGAGAAAGGGUUGACAACAUGGAUUCUGAUGACGCCACUUCAACCUGUGAGGCAGAUCUGCUUGAUUCAUCUUACUGCUCAUCUUCAGAUUGCUCCAAUGAGCAGAUAGAGUCCGAGGAGCCGAUUGAGCUUCCUAAUGGUUCAUCUUGUCCUGAAGACAAAUAUCUAUCUACUUUAAGAUUCUCUCGAAGUUCUCUAGAAGAUAAAUUAGAUGAGACAAAUCAAGUUCCAUGCCACGAGAAAAGUGGUUCGCAUGAAAUUUCAGAAAGAGUAGAUAUCCUUGGCAGUAUAGGACCUUCUCAUUCUGAUGGAGCAUUCUCAAGAUACAAAUCUGUUGAUAUGGAAUUUAGAGAGCUGACUCAGUCAGGUUCUGUUCUUUGUCAUGAUAACACUUGGUUAAAGUCUUCGAGGUUUGACUUGAAUACAAGCAACAGAGAAGCCAAACAUACAGGGAAUAUUAUUUCUUUCAGAGAAAUGGGACCUUCAAGGCCUUAUCCUAAAGACGGAACAUUACCCAACGAUGCAUUUGAUGGAGCCACCAAAACUCCAAAUUCCUUCACAUUGCAGUCUUCAGACUUCAGAGAUUCAAAUUUUCUCAGUAAGAACCCUAUGCUGUCAAUGAAAGCAUUUGCACACACAAUUAGUACGACUGGAGCAAGUUGUUGCAAUAUCUAUGGAAAAUCGUUGCCUUGCUUUGAGUUUAACUCAGUUGAAGACGCUGUUAGGGUAUGUGUGGAAAAAUUGGAUGGUGGCUGUAUAUGUGAGCCUGAAUGUGAAACCUCAGUGAAGGGAAAUUCUGACAAUGUAUUUGUUGAGAACACUGAAGCACUGGCUGCUCUUGCUGAGAUAGAUCUAAAAGAACACGAUAAGGAAGAUGCUAUCUCAACCAAUAUUUCUGGUGGUAGUGCUUGGGAGAGUUUGCUCGGGACUUUAAUAGAACCUGUUAGAAGGGGUGUCAGUCGCCGAAGAGAAAUUUCGUCGGAUAUUUUUGAGAUCCCUCUAGAUUUUAUCAUUGAGAAAUGUAUAUUGCAGGAGAUCUGGCUUCAAUAUAAAUAUGUUAGCAAAUUAACCAUAAAGCUGCUCGAUGAUGGAUUUGACUUGAGACAACAUUUACUGACAUUGCGGCGUUACCAUUUCAUGGAAGUGGCAGAUUGGGCUGAUUUGUUUAUCAUGUCUCUUUGGCAUCAUAAGUCAAGAGGUUUUGCAACAGAGGCAGAGCAGAGAGCAUCGGAUAUCCAAGGGCUUCUUGAGACGUCAAUUCAGAGGUCGUCUUGUGAAAGCAACAAUUAUAAGGAUAGGCUGUUCGUGUUUUUUGAGGAACAUGACAGGAUGCCGCUGUCAGCUUCUGCAACAGGAAUCCAUUCUUUUGAUUUUCUACAUUUGGGUUAUCGUGUGAAUUGGCCAGUCAGCAUUAUUUUAACUCCAUCUGCCCUGAAGAUAUAUGCUGAGAUAUUCAACUUUUUGAUGAAAGUCAAGCUCGCCAUUUUCUCAUUAACUGAUUCAUGGUGUUUAUUGAAGGAUUUGAUGCAUCAAACUGAUCGAAAUUGUAAUUCUCACCUGCAAGAACUAGAAGCUAGUCACGUCAAGACUUUGAUAAAUAUGAGGCACCAAUUGAACCAUUUUAUUUCCAUGUUACAACAGUACGUGCAAUCGCAAUUAUCACACGUAUCAUGGUGCAGAUUUCUUCAGUUACUGAAACAUAAGGUAAAAGACAUGAUGGAUCUCGAGUCCGUGCACAUGGAAUAUCUUAUGGAUUCUCUUCAUAUAUGUUUCUUAUCAGAGGAAACACGGGCUAUCGGUAGCAUAAUAAAGAAUGUGCUGCAAUAUGCUCUGGACUUUCGAGGUUGUCUGGUCAGAGGUGUACAUGAUACUGGAGCUCGAGCAGAUUUGUUGGACAAGGUGCAGACCAUAAAGCAAAAAUUCGACAAGAAUAUGGAAGAAUUGCAGAGAAUCUAUCUCAGGUCACCCAAACACGGGAAAUUCGGCAUCUCUCAUUUCUGGGGUUUCCUUAACUGCAACGAGUACUACUCGAACGGAAGUAAUCAGAAUACUUUCUUCUUUUAACUGUGUUAAAAGGACGAGCUGAGAUCCCUAUUUGCUACAAGUUAGCUCUGACUCGGGAGAGAUGACGCCUAGUAAGGAAAGGUACGAGUAAAAGCCUUCAAUCAGUUUUGAUUGGCUUUUUACCUUGUUCAGGAUGUUUCUGACCUUUGUAAAGGCGAGAGAUGCGACUUCUUUGAGAGUUCUGUACAGAGAAGUAGAUCUCGAUCUGUUUUGAAUUUGCAGUGUGGCAUGUUCACGGUUAUUGUAUGUCUACGCAGCUGAGGGCCGGAAGAAGGAUGUAUCAUCUUGUAAACAUUGUAUGUUACUGUGAUUUAAGAAGUGAUUGGGAGGGCAAAAGUUUGCUGCAAA